UUAAAUGCUUGUUGUUUGACAACUUCAGAUACUGAAGGUGAAGAAGAAAUAAAUUGCGAACAGGCUCUAUGCGAGUACUGUCAUUUUGGUUGUAAAUCAUUUUCGCGUUUGAAAGCGUUCUAUGCAAUCCGUGUGGUUACGUAUGAUGUGGAAAGUAUAUCUAAACAAUAAGCGAAGUGCCUGAAAUCGUAACUUGAGUAAACGAUUUGAGAAUGUCGAUCAAAUUGUUAUUUUGCAUGCGUCGAAGCUCACCUUAAAUUAUUUGUAACUCGAGGAGAAAACGUUGAGCUCGUAACAUCAUUAAAAGUAAAGGACGACAGCUUGCUACUAACCUGGAAUAAUAGGUGUGGAAAUGCAGAAGAGCCUAGUUUAAGAACUCAUGAAGAAACAAAUAAGACAUAAACAUGGCAGAGAAGUGGAUUGGUUAUACUGUAUCUAUCGACUGUGGUGACACUCUGGGAAAAUACCAGGGGCAAAUAUGUCAUGUAGACGGGAAGGACCAAACUUUAACACUGAGGAAAGCAUUUCGCAACGGUGUUCCGGAUCCUUCCACAGAAGUGACAUUGAGAGCUAUUGAUAUUAAGAGCCUGAAAAUUAUAUCAGCUGUUGAUGAUGUGGAAUCACUAGGAUCCUCACAAAGUGUUGUUACUGUAACAAAACCAAUUGCAAAACGACCAGGACGUUCCAUGAGUGAAAGUUUGGCAACUACAAAAACUUCUCAACUUCGUGAAUCACCACGUAAACUUGCAGAUGAUUCUGGCAUACGCCAGAACACUGUUAAUGAAGGGAGCAGAACACCCAGCAAAAAGGACAGAGCUCGCCAGAAAAUGUCAGAAAGAGAUGAAGCUUGCUUUGGCUCGUCAGUUGACAACAUAUUAGGCCAUGAAUUUGAUUUUGAAAAAAAUUUAGCAUUAUUUAAUAAGAAGGCAAUUUAUGAUGAGAUCAAUGCAUCACAAAGGCCUGAUGUGAUUCGACAAGCAGACUUUGCAAAACGAAAUCAAAAAUAUCGCCAUUAUGAAAAUGUUAUAGAAAGCUCACCAGCUUCAUACAGACAAAUUAUAGUACCAGCACCAGGGUUGGCAGAAUAUGUCACAGAUGAUGGUCUGGUCAUCCCCAGUAUCAGUCUAGAGUUGCGUUGUGAUCUGCUCAGAGCUGCCGAAGAAAGAGGACUGACAGCAGAACGACAGAUAGAGCUCAUGGGCCGUGCAGCUACUGAAAUGGCUCUGCAACUUUUAGGUGGUGGGCACAGGCUCAACCCUCACAAUGUUCACCAGUGGCCAACUGUAGUAGCGUUAUGUGGCCCACAUCGUCAGGGUGCUUAUGCUAUAAGUUGUGCUCGGCAGUUGGCUAGCCAUGGUGUGAAAACUGUUGUAUUCCUACUGGAUCAACUCAAUAUGGUGCCAGAAGUUAGAACAGAACUUCAGCUUUAUAAGUUUACAGGAAACACCAUCCUUACAAAUACUGAAGACUUACCAUCACUGGCUAUCGAUUUAAUCAUUCUGGCACUUUUGGAUGAGCAGUCCAGCACACCUGAAAGGAACUUUGUUAACUACAUGCCUGCAGCAAUGUGGGCAAAUGAGUGUCGUGCUCCUGUUCUUGCCCUGGAUCCACCAGCUGGAGGGACAGCAUUUGUUGACACUAAAUUCUCAUUGCUUCCAUUUUUGCCACUUGCUCACAGUUCAAAUAAUGGAAAGCUUUAUCUUUGUAACCUAGGGUGUCCACAACAGGUCUUUGAGGAAAUUGGUAUCAAAUACACGUCACCUUUUGGACCAAAGUUUGUGAUACCCCUUCAUGUGAAUGAUACAUGAACUUCAUGCUUCUUUUCAGUUGAUACUACUACUCUCUGGCGAUGACAAAGCAUUGAUCAGGUUUUGUGGCAUUUUUGAGGAGAAAAGGUGUUACCAAACACUGGCAGACUGUGAUUUAAAUAAGAUUACUCUAAAGUCUACACAUUUCCAUGAGGCCACUUAAUCAAAAGGAAGAUAAAAUAAUUUCAGAUGUGGAGAGAAGUGUGUGGGGAUACCAGUCAUUGGAGAAACAUGUGUCUUUGCAUCAAAUAAAUUUUAAAUUGUAAUUUUGAAUGUUGUGUGAUAUAUUUUUUGUAACUGAUAAUCAAAGAGAAAGCCGUAGUAAUGUACAAGUGCAGCAUUUAAACAAUUGUUUAUUUCAUAUCAAACUGAAAUUACUUUGCCAUUUGUGUUUUUAUUGAAAUAAAUAGGAAGUUGCAUGUA